AAAUCAAGGGACGAUAAAAACGAUGGACGUCAGCGGCGAUGCCCACGCCCAAGAGGAAGCCGAAGACGACCCCAUCCCGAACGAGCUCGACAACGCGCUGGUGCACCUCCUCCCGGCCAUCAAGGCCUGCGGCAGCAACCCGAGCCUGCCGACCUACCUCGACCUGGCCAAGUUCGAGGAGCUCGCGGGGCCCGUCCUGCGAGAGGGCGCCGUCAGUGAAGGCGGCACUGGCGGCGGCGCCGGCGGUGGCGCCGGCAAAGACGGCGGUGGCAGGCGGUGCCUUGACGAGAGGGUUUCGGGGGAGAUCCAGGUGGCGUUUCGACACUGCAUGCACGAGGCGGGGUUGGCGCUGGCGGGUCUGGAUGUCGGCGGCGGGCGUGUUGGGAAAGGAGGAAGAAAGGCGGCGGCGGGACCGGGGGGCGCGGCGGCGUUGUCGGGAUCGGAGCCGAUGGCGGAGCCUAUGGGAAUCCUGUCCCUCGCCCUGGCGUUUGUGGCUAACGAGGCCGGCCUCGACGAGAGCGACGGCGGCGGCAGCAGGAGCACCAACCAAGUUCUCACCGCGCUGCCGCUGCUGCUGCUCGAAGACUUCAUGGAGUCGCAGGCAAUAAGACGUAUUCAUUAG